AUGUCCAACUACAACGGUCGGCACGGACCUAACGUGUCCCAUUACCUUCGCGACCUCAACACCAUUUCUCCCCAAGAAAGCUCCGUCGACGAGAACUUCAACAUGGAGAGUGACCUUACUCUCUUCACAAACACCGAGUUCUUCGACUUUGAGACGGGCCAAAACACCGAUUUCCAGGCCCAGCCCGUCAAGGAGGUUGCCCAUACCACACCCUCAUCCGACGAUGUGAGCGCUGCUCCGUCUGUCAUGGGCGAUAUGCCCAACUUGGACUUUAUUUCCAACGAGUUUGCCUUCAACGAGUUCAACAACACCUAUGCGCCCCAGAUGAACACCUUUGCCGACGCCAACCACAACUUCCAGCCUCUGCAGCCCAACCAUGGCGCCCAGAUGCCUCACCAGAACCCGCAGUACCACGGCGCUCCCGCCCGGACGGCCGAGGUCAAGCACAAGGCCGAGCCCAUUGCCCCCCAGACGCAAGCCAUAAACUUCGAAGAGGCCUCGCGCGUUGCUGCUGAGGAGGACAAGCGCCGCCGCAACACCGCCGCCAGCGCCCGCUUCCGCAUCAAGAAGAAGCAGCGCGAACAGGCCCUCGAGAAGUCUGCUAAGGAGAUGCAGUCCAAGGUGACGGACCUUGAGAACAAGGUCUCGCAACUUGAGACGGAGAACAAGUGGCUGAAGAACUUGCUCGUUGAGAAGAAUGAGGGUAACGAGGACAUUUCUGCUCUCUGGAAGGAGUUCACAAAGCAGGCCGGCAGCAAGCUCAACAAGUCUACGGGGUCAAGUACGGCCACCUCCGCAAAGGAGGAGCGGUAG